GAAUGAAAGGGUUGCAGGGGGAGGGAAAGAGCAAAGAGCCUCCGGUAGUCUCCAUACUUCCCUCUCCCUAAUUUUGUUUAUUAUUGUCACACGUAUAGUGAAAAACCGGUAACUUGAUACAGAUCGGAUUAUUAUACUGUGCAUUGAGGUGGAAUGCUGAGAGAUGCCGCUGCACAAGUACCCGCCCAAGAUCUGGGCUGCGCUGCGUCUUAAGCAGGGAAUCCAGUCACGGCUGCCUGCUCACUAUCUCCGCUCCCUCACCGAGAAACAGGAACCCACACCCGUUCACUUUAAGCCCCAUGGGGUGAAAUCCAAGCGUGACCCACGCACUGGGAAAGAAGAGCGAGUACAAGAUGUCCCAAUUCCCAUCUACUUCCCCCUAGAGUCACAGCGUGGAUUGUGGGGAGGAGAGGGCUACAUACAAGGGUUCAGAUAUGCCAACAACGACAAGCUCUCCACUCGGCUCAGAAAAACGUGGAAGCCACAGAUCUUUGUGCGGAAGCUUUACAGUGAAAUCCUGGACAAGACCUUUGACAUCCCAGUGACGAUGCGAACAAUGGAUCUGGUGGAUGCUUGCUAUGGCUUCGAUUUCUACAUUCUGAAGACGCCAAAAGUCGACUUGAAUUCCAAGCUGGGGAUGGAUCUGAAGCGUGCGAUGCUGCUGAGACUUGCUCGCAAAGACACGGAGCUGUACCCUGAUGACCCAGAGAAGCGAGAGCGCAUCUACAAUAAGUACAAGGAAUUUGUGAUUCCUGAAGAGGAGGCAGAGUGGGUUGGUCUAAGCCUGGAAGAAGCUGUGGAGAAACAGAGGUUAUUAGAGAAAAAGGACGCAGUGCCGCUGUUCAAAGUGUAUGCUGAGGAGUUUGUCCAGCAACUACACAUGCAGCAAUUGACAGAACCUGUGGUUGUAGAAAAGGUGUGAUAACUCAGCAUGGGACGUAUCAUCUACAGAGCCGUGGGUUUCGUGGCCAGUGGAACACUCUCUUUGGCAGAACUUUCUUCCUGACUGUGACUUUGAGUACAGAUGAACCUGCCUCAGUGGGCAGUGUUUAAAUUGACUUUAUGAACUCUUUAUCAGAACCAACGACCAGAGCUGAACAUCAGUUUCUGUAUCAUGUGGAAGAUGGACUGUGCAGAAUCAGAUUUGGGUUUAAUAUCAGUGACAUAUGUUGUGAAAUUUGUUGUUUUGCCUACAAUGCAAUACAUUAAAAUACUAUAAAUUACAAUAAGAAAUUUCUAAAUGGAGAGAAAAUUCAAAAAUCUGAGGUGCAAAGGGACAUGGAGGUCUUCAUACAGGAUUCCUUAAAGGUUAACUUGCUGGUUGAGUCGGUGGUAAGGAAGGCAAAUGCUGAGAGGACAAGAAUUUAAAAGCAAAUAUGUAAUGUUGAGGCUUUAUAAGGCACUGGUGAGGCCUCACUUGGAAUAUUGUGAGCAGUUUUGGGCCCCUUAUCUAAGAAAGUAUAUGCUGACAUUGAAGAGGGUUCAAAGGAGGUUCAAGAAACUGAUUCCAGGAUUGAAUGGCUUGUCAUAUGAGGAGCAUUCCACGGUUCUGGGUCUAUACCACUGGACUUUGGAAGAAUGAGGUGGGUGGGAAUCUCAUUGAAACCUAUUGAACGUUGGAAGGCCUCAAUAGCGUGUAUGUAGAAAGGAUGUUUCUUAUGGUGGGGGAGCCUAAGACCAGAGGACACAGCCUCAGAAUAGAGGGACAUCCUUUUAGAACAGAGAUGAGGAGGAAUUUCUUUAAUCAGAGAGUGGCGAAUGUGUGGAAUUUAUUGCCACAGGCAGGUGUGGAGGCCGAGUCACUGGGUAUAUUUAAGGGAGAGAUGAAUAGAUUCUUGAUCAGUCAGGGUAUGAAGGGAUUAGGAAAGAGGAGUUAGAAUGCACGGUAAUUAUGGGAAAGAUUGAAGGGAUCUUUCAAGCCCUUCAAUGAAUUGAUCCACUUGACCUGAAACAGGAGUGUGUGGGCCAUGGCAGUCAAUGCUGAAACUGGGCACGGCACCUGAUGAUGAUGAUGAUGAUGAAGGGAUAUGGAGAGAAGGCAGGAGAUUGGGGCUGAGAGGAAAAUGGAUCAGCUGUGAUAAAUGGCGGAGAAGACUCGAUGGGCCAAAUGGCCUAAUUCUGCUCCUAUAUCUUAUGGUCUUAAAAAUACAUAUAAAAAUUGAACUAAGUAAGUAGUGCAGAAAGAGAGGAAGAAUACUGAGGUAGAAUUCAUUGUCUUUUGAGAAAUCUGAUGGCAGAGGGGAAGGAGCUGUUCCUAAAACGUUGAGUAGGUGUCUUCUGGUUCCUGUAACUCUACCAUGAUGGUAGUAAUAAGAUGAGAGCAUGUGCUGGGUGAUGUGGGACAUAUCUAUCCUGUGACUUGUAAACUAUUCCCAGAAACUUCAGCCACCUUUGCCCUGCCGUCAUCCCCCCAGUAUCCCCCUCCAAUCCACCUGGGCAAGCUCCUCUCUCGUGCCUCUGUAAUCCCCUUUACUCUAUUGCAGUACUGAUACAUCUUACUUGUGCUUCUCCCUCUCAAAUUACAGUAUGAAUUCAAUCAUAUUAUAAUCACUGUCUCCUAAGGGUUCCUUUACCUUAAGUUCCCUAGUAAAAUCUGUAUUAUUACACAACAGCCAAUCUAAGAUAGCCUUUCCCCGAGUAGGCUCAAGCACAAGUUGCUCUAUAAAGUCAUCUCGUAAGCUUUCAACAAAUUCCCCCUCUUGCGAUCCAACACCAAUCUUGAUUUCCCAAUCCCCUUACACAUUGAGGCCCCCCAUUACAAUUGUGACAUUACACUUAUUACAGCUCCCUUUGUAAUCUGAACCCUACGUCUUGGCUACUAUUUGGAGGCCUGUAUAUAAUUCGCAUAAUAGUUUUUUUUACCCUUGCAGUUUCUUAACUUCAUCUACAAGGAUUUGACAUUCUCCUUACCCUAUGUCACCUCUUUCUAAAGACACAAUUCCAUUUCUUACCAACGGAGCCACAUCACCUGCUUUCCUGCCUGUCCUUUCAAUACGAAGUAUAUCCUUUGAUAUUAAACUUCCAACUACGAUCGUCUUUCAGCUACAACUCAGUGACGCUCACAACAUCAUACCAACCAAUCUCUAACUGCGCCAGGAGUUCAUCCACCUUAUUCCGAAUACUAUAUGCAUUUAAAUACAGUACCUUCAGAUCUGUAUUCUAAACCCUUUUAAAUUUUGCCUCUGUGGUACAAUUUAACUCUUUGCCCUGUCUGCAUUUGAACCCAAUCAUUGGCUUUUUCUUCCUUACAUUCAUGUUACACCCAUCAUCUACUUGUAAACCUGCUGGCUCAUCCUCAGCUCUAUCCCCCUGCCAUAUUAGUUUAAACCACUCCCAAUAGCUCUAGAAAACCUGCUUGCAAGGAUAUUGGUCCCCUCAGAAUCCCUGCCCCCUGCUCCAAUUCUUCAGUCACACAUUUAUCUGCCACCUCAUUCUAUUCCUAUCCUCACUGUCGCAUGGUACAGGCAGUAAUUCUGAGAUUACUACCCUGGAGGUCCUGCUUUUCAACUUCCUUCCCACCUCCCUGUAUUCUGUUUUCAGGACUUCCUCCGUUUUUCUACCUGUGUCGUUGGUACCAAUAUAUACCAUGAUUUCUGGCUGCUCACCCUCCCUUUGCAGGGUAUUGCAGAAGUGUGCAGAAACAUUGCGGACCCUGGCACCUGGGAGGCAAAGUACCAUCUGUGUGUGCUUUUCGCAUCCACAGACUCACCCAUCUGUGCCCUGACUAUAGAAUCCCCUAUCACUGCUGCCAUCCUCUUCGGUUCUCUACCCUUCUGAGCCACAGGGCCAGACUCAGUGUAUCCAGAGAGCUGUGCCUGUCCCGGCUCAGCACUGCCCCCUACCUGCUCGGAAGGCACACCACAUGCCAGCCAACAUUCCACCCCUCCCAACUAAUCAAUGCACACUCAACCAUUGGCCACCUUAAUUAGAUUAACCCGUCUGGCACCAAGCUGUUGCCCCCCCCCCCGCCCUGGUGAAUCACCUGGGCUGGACCCUCUGGCCCCCUGACCUAUAAAGGUUGCUACAUGUGCUGGCUCGCGCUCUUUUUUGCCAUCCUUGAGGGACCACCCUGCCUCAUUCUAGGCUGAAGACUGCUGAGCAGCACUGGAGACACGUGGUGAGCUGUGCAUUGAAUAGGGUUUUGGGAGCGUUUAUUGUUGUCCCUGUAGCAGAGAGCAGUGCCUGCCCAUAGUCAAGGGAGGCAGGAAUCGUAGUUACUUUUCCCUUGCUUAUAUAUGUACCUGUACUCUGUCCCCACACCGUUUUCCCGUGUAUUGUACCGCCGACCCGACUUUUCCCACGCUCGUCUAUUCUAAACACGUUUGUGCGAAUAUUGUAGCCGCUUGUGUUGUCCCCAAGCUCUUCUCCCCUUGUAA